GGCUUCCGGCGGGGCCGGCCCGGGGGAGCGGCGGCGGGCGGCAGGAAACUUCUCCAAGCUGUAUUGCUAAACGUUGGACAGAGGGGACGGGGCACUACAUAUCAGCUGCACACAGACGUGUGGUGACCUGCAGGUGAUGAGCGCAUCCAUCAAGCCUUCUAGGGAGACUUCCACAUCUACUCAACGGCAGAGGAAUUGCUCAGAAAGCUAGUGUGCAAGAGGAAUGGAAGAGAACACCGACGAUGAUUAGAAAAUGAGAUCGUUUGGCAGAUGCAUCAGUUGCAACUCUACUGCAGUUAUGGUGCGGAUCAGAACCGAUCAAAGCUGCGUACUGUACAUCUGGAAGAUCUUUUUUGAAAUCUCCCAUCUGUGAAAGCUGGAAUACAAGUUUCUUGAAUAUCCCGAGCUCUUGAAAACAAAUAACAUCCCCUUUCUGAAUAGCUGAAGAGGUGGAUCACCCCCCGAGCGAUGCCGGCAUGGGGGUAGAUGUUCUGGAAUCGGGCGACACCACGCCUCCCACCAAGAGAAAAAGCAAGUUCUCGAGCUUCGGCAAGAUCUUCAAGCCCUGGAAGUGGAGGAAAAAGAAAAGCAGUGAUAAAUUUAAGGAGACUUCGGAAGUUUUAGAGCGAAAGAUUUCUAUGCGAAAGCCAAGAGAGGAGCUGGUAAAAAGAGGGGUUCUGUUGGAAGACCCUGAGCAGGAUGGUGAGGAACCAGAGAAGCUGAACCCGCCGGCACUGAAGAAUGGCCACACGGUCCCCAUCGGUGGUCCCGGGGCCGGUAACCCGGCCAGCCAGGAGGAAGAGGCCCCAGAGUCAUCCAGCCUUAGGAAGCCUGUUCCAGCUGAGGAACCAAAGAAAAGACAAGGCUCGUCCAGCAGCCAACCGGGUCCCGAAUCGGAGCCACCGCAGGAGCCCCACGUUCCCAGGCAGCCUCUUCUUCCUCCAAAAAGACCUCCCUCCACGUCCCAGGAGGCAAACGAGGUGCAAGCAAAGGAUCCUGCACCUGCCAGCAGCGCUGCAAAAACCGCACCCACCACCACAGCCCCUGUCGCAGCGAAGACAGUCAGUGCCACAGCUGCCCCCUCCCCAGCCCCCAGGACUCUGCCCCCUGCUCCUGCCGGUGCCAACACUACUGCUCCCGUGAGCACAACCAGCGCAGCUCCUGCCAAGCAGCCUCCCGUCCCGCCGCCCAAGCCUGUCAACAGAAACAGCAACUCGGUGAUAGCUGAACUUUCUCAAGCGAUGAACAGCGGAACGGGCUUGUCCAAGCCUUCCCCUCCUCUCCCACCGAAGAGAGGCCUCCUGCCUAGCACCACGUCAGAGGCAGCUCUCGCUUCCAAGCCCCCGAGCGACAGGACGGUGACGGCAAGCCGCCCCGUGCUGAUACCCAUGCACAUGGCCCCCGCGUACCCGCCGCCCUCGCCAUCGCCGCCGCUGCCCACGCACGUACCGCCGGAGCCUCCCCGCGUGCCCUUGCCCACCUCCACCCCCGUCCUGGACCCUCCGCGCUCCCUGGACCUGCCCAAAGAGCCCCCCCCUCCUCCUGAGGACUUCAGGCCCCCCGAGGCGGCGAAGAGGACGGCGGAGCAAGGCUUCGGCGAGCCUCACGCGCUGCCGCGGCUGCCCCAGGUCCCGCUGCACAUCCGGAUCCAGCAGGCGCUGGCCAGCCCCCUGCCCGUCACGCCGCCUGCCGACGGCUCGCACAGAGCCCACUCGCUGCUCUUUGAGAACGACGCCUUCGGGGAGGACAGCGGCACGCUGGGCAGGACGAGGUCCCUGCCGGUCACCAUCGAGAUGCUGAAAGUUCCAGACGAUGAGGAAGAGGAAGAUGAAGACCAGGAAGAAGAGCAGCCUCCGGGCCCUCGUGUGUAUAUUGGAGAUGUGCCGUCUGUAACGGUCAUCCCAAAGCUGGUACCCCAGGUCCUGCCAGAGGAGCAGGAGGGAGACGAAGGGAUGAGCGACUCUGACUCGGAGGGGCCCAUCCUGUACAAAGAUGACGAGGAUGAGGAAGAAGAUGAAAGCCAUAACAGCACGCUGGCUAACAAAGUGAAGAGGAAAGACACGCUAGCCAUGAAGCUGGGGAACACAACCGCGGUGCAGGAAGAAAAGUUUGUCUUUCCUCGGAAGAGCAAGGAGGAGUGGAACCAAAUUCGGAACCAGAUCGGGUCGACACUGACCAGACGACUGAGUCAGAGACCGACAGCAGAAGAACUGGAGCAGAGGAACAUACUUCAACCGAAAAAUGAAGCUGACCGUCAAGCCGAGAAGCGAGAGAUCAAACGCAGGCUCACCAGAAAGCUUAGCCAAAGGCCUACAGUGGCAGAGCUGCAGGCCAGGAAGAUCCUGAGGUUUAACGAAUAUGUGGAAGUGACAGAUGCUCAAGACUACGACCGGCGAGCAGAUAAGCCGUGGACAAAGCUUACACCGGCUGACAAGGCUGCCAUCCGGAAGGAGCUAAACGAGUUUAAGAGCUGUGAAAUGGAAGUCCACGAGGAGAGCAAACAGUUCACACGGUACCAUCGACCAUAAUCUUCCAAGAAGGAGCAAGAGACCCAAGAGGACUGGAAGUUCUCUGCGUCCCUCUCCUGGGCAAUACAGCAAGGGUAGAACCUCGCCUCUUCCAAGAUUUGCCUUCAAAACAUAUCCAGAAAAGGGCUUUUGGCCAGGGAAGGGGGAAUCCUGUCUGAAUGUAGCAUUUCACUGGAACAAACACGUCUCGAGUGCCAUCAGGCUGGAACUGAACACUAUACCUCGCGCAGCUCAGCAAUACGCCUCUCCUCCGCCGCCAGCAUCCCUGCCAGGAGUCCACACACGUGUGAACGAGCAGCUCGUUCCCCAGCUCCCUUUCUGUCGUGACGGGCCCGGUUCUCAGCUGUACAUACUCCUUUUGGGUGCAAACCCUUAGUUUCCUCCUCCUUACCUAGAGGAGGAAAAACUUGGCAGCUCUGGUGUUGGAGAGCUGAGGAAUGGAGAGUGGAUGUGCUAGGAAGCACGCGUGUAUAUUAGCUGUGUACAGAGAACCCUGUGCAGGUGCUGACCUGGCAGACAACUGACAUGUGACUCGUAAUUUUUUGGAUUUGCUCGCGUCUGUCAUAUCUUUAAUGUCCUGAAUCACUACUGACCAACGGUUUGUUGUCCUGGAAGGGAAUUGUAUAGAUAUUAACAUAUGCUGCAUCUUUUUUGUAAAAAAAAUCAAAACAAAAGAACUUAAAAACAGAAAAAAAGGCAAAAAACAAAACACAAAUGUAUAAAGCAUUCCCUCCCUGCUCUCUCACACUUGCGGUGAUGUUAAUGGAUCUUGUCUUGAGAAUAUCUAGGCUUGUUUAACAAAUUACAGAACCAGGAAAUGACUGUUGCCUUUUUAAAACUUUUUAAUUUGGGGAAGCUGUGGUAGUAGUAAAUUCUUUUUACCGUCGCUUCCUCUCAGAUGUUUUUUUUACUCUCCCAAAUCAGGGUGAAACUUGCCUUUUCUCAUUUUUACAGCAAAACCUACUGGAAACUUGAUAAUUUCACUGUGUGGGUGGAAGGUGCGGGGAGGAGAAGGGGUUUAAAAAAGUGACCUUAAAAUAGAUACUCUUGCUCUUCUGAGAAUCUCAAGUUGGUUCUUCCGGAACUUUGGGUUUAAAAUCUGGUAUGGGCGCGCUGCUGUAUCAUGCACAGAACUAACCCACGUGUGAGAUGCCACUAGCCAUGAAGGGAGUAUCACAGGCCUGCAGGUUGUGGGAAUGAAGAGGAGGGCUCGCCUUGUUCGCAGACCUGCCGGCGUGGUGCUCGGGCUGUUUUGGGAGCCCCAUGGCAGGCCAGGCCUCGCUGCGCUGCCUCCGCGCCAUGCCAAGGCUCGGGCCCUGCGCCCGGCGCUGCCUUCGCCCGUGGGGGGUGCGCGUCCCUCACAGCUUCCCCGUGUACAGUACGGCUGUAGACUAAAUCAUUGCAUUGUAUAUCUGUCUCCUCAUCAACAGAUUUUAAUUAUUGAA